UCACGCCGCAGAGGAGCAGCAGUCGCGGCCGCCGUAAACACGGACUUGCUGUGCCUUUAAGAUUUUAUAGGUAUCGAAACUAAAAGGGGGAGAAAAAAAAAACACACACACACACACUCACGCACGCACACACACACACACACACACAUAUCCCUUCGCAGUGUCCAAUGUGCGCGCGAUGAAUUUAUUCGACAUGGUUUUGUUCAAACUCUUGGUGCUGUGUUACUGCCUGAGUGAUUCAAUAGGUCAGUAUGAGAAUCGCCUGAACAAGUACAUUCGGCACUUCGAGGGUUUGUCCUACGACACAAACACCCUUCACAGCAAACACCAGAGAGCUAAAAGGGCAGUGUCUCAGGAGGACAAGUUCGUCCAUCUGGAGUUCCACGCUCAUGGCAGACAUUUUAACCUGCGCAUGAAGAGGGACACAUCUCUGUUCUCCCCAGACCUGAAGGUUGAGAUCUCUGGACAGGAGAUACCGGUCGACACCUCGCAUAUUUACAGUGGAGAGCUCUUUGGAGAGAAAGGCACUCUGACUCAUGGAUCUAUUGUGGAUGGAAAGUUUGAGGGCUUCAUUCAGAGUCAUGUGGGGAUGUACUACGUGGAACCGGCUGAGCGAUACCUCAGAGAGCAAAAAGUACCCUAUCACUCCGUCAUCUACCAUGAGGACGACAUCGAUUACCCUCACAAGUACGGCCGAGAGGGAGGCUGUGCGGAUCACUCAGUCUUCGAGAGGAUGAAGAAGUACCAGGCAUCUGCUGUGGAGACUCCCGAUGAGGAAAAGAACAGAAAUGCAGUGGACGAGGAGGAUAGGGCAGACAAGCCGGUGAUCCUGAGGAAGCGCAGAGCCGCUCAAGCUGAGAAAAACACCUGCCAGUUAUUCAUCCAAACAGACCACCUCUUCUUCCAGUACUAUCGCACUAGAGAGGCUGUCAUCGCUCAGAUCUCCAGUCACGUGAAGGCCAUCGACUCAAUCUAUCAGUCCACAGACUUCCAGGGUAUCCGCAACAUCAGCUUUAUGGUCAAGAGGAUCAGGAUUAACACCACAGCCGACGAGACGGAGAGAUCAAACCCGUUCCGUUUCGCCAACAUCGGUGUAGAGAAGUUUCUGGAGCUGAAUUCCGAACAGAACCAUGACGAAUUCUGCCUGGCUUACGUCUUCACUGAUAGAGAUUUUGACGACGGGGUUCUGGGAUUAGCCUGGGUUGGAGCUCCUUCAGGAAGCUCUGGUGGGAUUUGUGAGAAGAGUAAGCUCUACUCAGAUGGCAAAAAGAAGUCUCUUAACACUGGAAUCAUCACCGUUCAGAACUACGGCAGCCACGUUCCCCCUAAAGUGUCCCACAUCACCUUCGCCCAUGAGGUCGGACACAACUUCGGCUCCCCUCAUGACUCAGGCACUGAGUGCACUCCUGGAGAGUCGAAGGUUUCUGACAUGAAGGAGCGAGGCAACUACAUCAUGUAUGCCAGAGCCACGUCUGGAGACAAGUUAAACAACAACAAAUUCUCCAUCUGCAGCAUCCGCAACAUCAGCCAGGUGUUGGAUAAGAAGAGAUCCCAGUGUUUUGUCGAGUCUGGGCAGCCCAUCUGUGGAAACGGUUUGGUGGAGGCUGGAGAACAGUGUGAUUGUGGCUACAGUGAUCAGUGUAAAGACACUUGCUGCUUCAGCGCCAAUGAGCCAGAUGGCAAGAAGUGCACACUGAAGCCUGGGGCCAAGUGCAGUCCCAGUCAGGGCCCGUGCUGUACAGCAAAGUGCGAGUUCAAGGGCCGUGAUGAGAAGUGCAGGAACGAGUCGGAUUGCUCUUAUCAGGGCAAUUGCAGCGGCACUACAGCACAGUGUCCCACAUCUACACCGAAGAACAACUUAACAGCAUGCAAUGGAGACACACAAGUCUGCAUCAGUGGGGCCUGCACUGGCUCUAUCUGUGAGCGCUUUGGGCUGGAGGUGUGCACAUGUGCCAGUGAGGAUGGGAAGGAUGAGACAGAGUUGUGCCAUGUUUGCUGCAUGACGAAGAAUCAGCCCAACACAUGCAGAAGUACAGGCUCUGAUGAAUGGAAAAAUUUCUUCAACAAGAAGGUUCGCACCUUGCAGCCUGGAUCUCCUUGUAAUGACUUUAAAGGCUACUGCGACGUAUUUAUGAAAUGCAGGCUGGUGGACGCUGACGGGCCACUGGCCAGACUCAAGAAGGCUAUCUUUAACCCUGAGUUUUACGAGAGCAUUGCUGAGUGGAUUGUAGCUUAUUGGUGGGCUGUGCUGCUGAUGGGCAUUGCUCUUAUCAUGUUGAUGGCUGGAUUCAUUAAGAUCUGCAGUGUUCACACGCCAAGCAGCAACCCGAAACUACCGCCGCCAAAGCCACUGCCAGGUACACUGAAGAGGAGGAGAGCCCAGGCUCAAAAUUCUCAGGCUCAGCCACAGCGUGUACAUCACCGUCAGCAAAGAGAGAACUAUCAGAUGGGCCAGAUGCGCCGCUGAGCUCCGCACUCUGCCUUGGUUCUUCCUAGUGCCUACAACAGGAAACACUUUACUCCAAAGAGUUACUGAACCAAUCAGUUAACCCCAUCUACAGACUUAAAGAGCAGGCAAAAGGAAACCAAUUUCCCACAGCAAACUUCAAAGAAACUGCUCUAUAAAGCAGUGAUGCUGUCCUCACACUGAAGAAAGACCGGAUGAGGAGAAGAGAGAAUCACUGCUUUGUGUUCUUAUAAGGAUAUCAUUUUUUGUUUUGUUUUGUUUUUUUCACAGCUAAUUUUCUCUGGCAUCUCUCUCUCUCAAAGUGCUUCAAGGUUCUUGUCUCUCUCUACUUUCAAUUCCCUUUUUUCCUUCACCCAUAUUUUUCUCCCAAACACUGCCAUCAGAAUGACAUGAAGGGGAAAUGCAAAGGCUUUAUAAAGCAGCGCUGUUUGAGAAAGAGCUCCUUCUGCAUAGACUCUUUUGCCAAUGUGAUUAACAUGAAAA